GCGACAUCGUCGUCAUCUGGCCCGCCAUUUCCUCUCGGCAUUCCACCCGCGACUAAUAAACCGCGCACCGCCAGCCCCCCGCAGCCAACCUCGAAAAGCCCAACCUCACCACCGCCUACCAUGGAGCUCUAGGUGCGCUGCCCGAAGGUGCUGGAGAGAUGGGAGCCGAGCUGGCCACGGCACAACGAACACACUCGCCAUGGUAUUACGAUCCGCCUUGCUCCCGCGGGGAGGGCCCUCGACACUCUGCUGCUCGCGCGCCUACCACCAAUACCAAUUCCGCAGGCAGCUCCUGCCGCAGAGCCCAAUUGCCUCUAGAAUACGAGUCUUCUCAUCGACAAGCUCUCUAGGAGAGUCUCCUAAGAGGCCAACCCUUACAGCCACCUCGACCUCCCACAAUGCACCCACCAGCCCCUCUGCGAGACAGCCCGAGAAGCAUGGCGGGGUCCAGCCCGCCAGGGCAGCCUCGACGUCGAAGCCACCCGCCGACCCGCUGGCACCGUUAGAAAAGACAGUCCAAGAACAACGGAAGGCAGACUGGGCCAUCAUAAAGGAGAUGUCCCACUACCUCUGGCCGAAAGAUAGUCUCGGGACGAAGCUGCGGGUCGGGCUGGCCGUGUCCCUGCUCGUGGGCGCCAAAGUUCUGAAUGUACAGGUGCCAUUCUAUUUCAAGAGCAUUGUCGAUGCCAUGAACAUCGACGUCGCCUCCACCGGCGGCUCUGUCGUCACUGUUGCUGGCACCAUGAUUUUCGCAUACGGCGCCACAAGGAUAGGGGCCACCGUCUUCCAGGAGCUCCGGAACGCCGUCUUCGCCUCUGUUGCGCAGAAGGCCAUCCGGAAGGUCGCAUGCAAUGUCUUCGACCACCUUCUGCGCCUGGACUUGAGCUUCCACCUGUCCAAGCAGACGGGUGGGUUGACGCGGGCCAUCGACCGUGGAACAAAGGGCAUCAGCUUCUUGCUGACCAGCAUGGUCUUCCACGUCAUACCCACGGCCCUGGAGAUUACAAUGGUCUGCGGCAUCCUUACUUAUCAGUAUGGCGGUUCAUUUGCUGCCAUUACCGCCAUCACAAUGGCCACAUACAGCGCCUUCACAAUCUGGACAACCGCGUGGAGGACCAAGUUCCGAAGGCAGACCAAUGCAGCCGACAACAAGGCAUCGACAGUCGCCGUUGAUUCACUCAUCAACUACGAGGCUGUCAAGUACUUCAACAAUGAGAAGUUCGAGAUCGCACGCUACGACAAGGCGCUUCAACAGUACGAGAAGUCGUCGAUCAAGGUCGCCACGUCACUCGCCUUCCUCAAUUCGGGACAGAACAUCAUCUUCUCUACUGCCCUGACUACCAUGAUGUACCUCGGCGCCAAUGGCAUCGCCACGGGCAGCCUGACGGUGGGUGACCUGGUCAUGAUCAACCAGCUUGUGUUCCAGCUCUCGGUCCCACUCAACUUCCUGGGUUCAGUCUAUCGUGAGCUGAGGCAGAGUCUCUUGGAUAUGGAGACACUGUUCAACCUCCAGAAGGUCAACGUCACUAUUACCGAGUCACCCAACGCGCAGCCCCUGGCCUUGCCCAAGGGCGGCGAGAUCCGUUUUGAGAAUGUCACCUUCGGCUACCACGCGGACAGACCCAUUCUCCGGAAUCUGAACCUCGUCAUCCCCGCCGGAAAGAAGGUCGCCAUAGUUGGACCUUCUGGUUGUGGAAAGUCGACACUUCUAAGACUCCUGUUCCGGUACUAUGACGCACAGGAAGGCCGCGUGCUCAUCGAUGAUCAAGACAUCCGCCAUGUCCAGCUUGACAGCUUGCGCCGAGCCAUCGGAGUCGUCCCGCAAGACACACCACUCUUCAACGACACAAUCGAACACAACAUCCGCUAUGGCGACAUCAAUGCACCGGAGGAGCGCGUUGUCGCCGCUGCUAAGCGAGCCCGCAUCCACGACACCAUCGAGUCAUUGAAGGACGGCUACAGCACCAAGGUCGGCGAGCGCGGUCUGAUGAUAUCGGGUGGCGAAAAACAGCGUCUCGCAGUCUCAAGGCUGCUGCUCAAGGACCCGCCUCUGCUCUUCUUCGACGAGGCUACCAGUGCCCUCGACACGCACACGGAACAGGGCUUGAUGCAGAACAUCAACUCCAUUCUGAAGGAGAAGAACCGAACCAGCGUAUUCGUGGCACAUAGGCUCAGGACGAUUUACGAUGCCGACUUGAUCAUUGUGUUGCAGGGUGGCACCGUCGUGGAGAGCGGUACGCAUCGGGAGCUGGUGGACCAAGGUGGUGUUUACUCUGAGCUUUGGAGUGCGCAAGAAACGUUGUUCCAGGAGAAUGGUGAGGGAGCAGAGGAAGAGAAAGAUGAUUCCUCUUCGCGAUAAGAUCGCUGAUGUCCCCAAUGCCGAGAAGGGGCCGCCGCGGGAGCCGUGGGCAGCCCGUGGCCGGAGCCUGCUCGCAUCAGCAGCAAUAGAAAUUGCAAAUACAAUACCCAUGAAUCAACUACGAACAAACGUUAGAGACGAUCUGCUCAUCUGUUCCCGGUACUUGGUUUUGCAGUACCAGCAGACUGGCGUUACUCUUUGUUACUGCGUCUCUACCCAUGCAAGCACACAUCCAUCCCUAAUUCCGCUCUGACAGUCCCAGAAAUCAUCGAGAUUUACUUGGAGGAAGGAAAUCUUCCCGACGCAAAGCGCCCACACACACACACUCCCACGUCGCAGCGCCCAGCCCCGCUAGCAAUUCAAACAAGGCAUCCUGCUCUUCGCUUAUGCUGUUGGUGGAUCUCGUUGAUGCUGCGCCCUGUAUCACUAUCAGCAUCGUCCACCGCUGCUUCCAAUUGGCCCCCGUUUCAUGGUGUGUCUUCUCCAAUCUCUCCGGUUCGCCUCGCCUCUCACUCAGCAUGCUUCGAGUUCUGAGUUCGGACUUGGUGAGGUCGUGGCGCCGAUCCGCGUUGAAUGAGCGGGAGACUCCGAGGAACUUGACGAGACUGAAAACGUGUUUUGGCGGACCCUCGAGCCGGCACCAUACCUCUGAUGCAGACUCCGCAUCUCGUCGUCACUCAGGCUUCCGUCAUCAGAAGGUGUAUCGUAAGCUUUGGACGCUUUGGCGGCAACUUGACUAGCGCUGUACUCCAGGCGAGGAUCAUAUAGCCCUUUUGGCGGAUUCAUUGCGCCAUACUGCUCCCGGGUCCUGGCCUCACCACUCGCCGAGGAUGACUCAGGUGAGCUCAAAGUAGCCUUGGCAAGACAAGGCGGAGCCUCACGCUCGUUCUCAAGCGAGGCAGCUAUCGCGAUUUUGGAAGCCAAUGGGCAAUUCUGGCUGUUCUCGACACUGCGGUCGAGAGAGUUGAGAUCAUCGUACCGUUGGCUAGAGAGAGUGAAGGGAUCGACCCAAGAAGAGGGGUUCGCCGUGUCGUCCAGCAACUCCAUAAUCGUGCCACCGAGCCAGAACCGCAUGAGGGUGCCCCCAUCAACGCGCGAAAUUUGGCUUUCAAUAACAUCUUCUGUAGUUCGUCCUUGGUCGGGCCGAAGUUCUCUGGACAUUAUUGCCAGUGUUGCGCCCUUCUGGAAUGUGCCGUUUUCGAACAUCGGGAGGAAGCCUGAUUGCCACGCCCGGCAGGCGAGGAAUGCAGGCGCGAUAAGAGUCUCCACCUGUCCGAGAGUGGUGACGCUUGAAGAUGUCGUAUCGUCGUCCAACAUCUGCAAGACAUCCCGGUUGACGAGUUGAAUCUCCGCCAUAGGGAGGUAAUCCUCGGGCACGCGCUGCUCCUGCUCCGCCGUUGCCAGCAUCCUGUUAAUGACAAAUUCCACCUCUGACAGCCGCCCAUGCACUUUCAUACAGCGUAGUGCGGUGGGAAUAUUCAUCUUUAUUAGCUUUCCCUUCGACUGCCGAAUCGUGUGUCCCGAAUCAAACAGUGUUAGACUUUUCUUGAUGUCGAGGACCAUGUGCAAUUUGAUCACCAUGUUUCUGGGACGCAAGGCGUGGGCCGAUGUCAGGAAGAUCACUGAGCUGCGGCGGUGCAUACAGAGAUCCAGUCGCACAUCACGGUACAAGAUGCGCAUGGCACUGCCAUAACCUGACCAGGAACCUAGGCUCAAUAAGACUGGCACUGCAACCUUCCGAAGAUACAUGCUAUGAUCUGGAUCCCCUACGAUCAGUGUUGUAUCAGGCCCAUCUGGUAGAAUAGCGCACGAGAGGAUUCGCUGCUGUAUGAGGUUCGGGAGGCGAGUCCACGGAAACACCUUAGAUGCUCGUGUAUCCAUCGUCACAGCUGAAACAGAAGUUGGAGGAGGUAUGACGUGAAAAGGCCUAGAAGGGUGAAAAUGCAGCGACGGUAAAGAGCCGCCUCCCUCGGGUAUAACAACGGGUGCUCCGGGUUGCAUUUCGAGGCUGAGCAAGCUCUCAGUCUGGCCCGGAUGCGAGCUACAAGUCGAAGCCGGGUGAGGAGACGGACGGUCCAGAAAAGAACGAUUUGGAACAUCUUCCUUCCGGUCACAGAGGGGCUAGAAAUUUGAGAAAACGACGAGUGGUCGCGAUGAUAGCAAAAGCAACCAUCAGGCUAGCGGCCACAGGGGUGCCGAGACGACGAUGGCAUCCUUCAAGC